CCCUGAAACGUGGGGAAACGACCCUUGCAAGGGCCGCGGGUGUUCUGGACUCGUUAGCGCGGGGCUUGGGCUGAGACGGAGCGUUGCAAUGCUUCCCAAAAAUGUCGUCAGCAGCGGUCUGGUGAAGAUGUCCCAACUCACAUCAGCCUCCUGUUCGAGGUGACGACGAAACGCGGAAAAUCUACUUGUUGCUUUCAAUUCGAUGCUAACAGUCGUACGCCCACCAGAACCAACUCCGACGAUGACGACGAGCCUGCAGGGCCGCGAGCUCGACGACGGUUGCCCCGACACCGCUCCCGAUCAACUUCAAGAACUCCGUCACGACGGUUCCGUUCUAGCCAUCGCCGUCUCCGAUAAAUACGUUUUUGCGGGUACAAGUAAGGGAGAAAUCGCCAUUUGGUCUCUCGGCACCUACCAGCUCGUCCAAACCCUCCAAGCCCACAAACGAAGCGUCCUCUGCUUGCUCCUCUCCGAAGACAACAAGUACCUCUUCUCGAGCGCAUGCGAACCCAUCAUUGGCGUCUGGUGCCCCAAGACUUUUACCCGUCUUUACGAAAUCUAUAGCACCUAUGACGUUGGCGAUGUCUUCAGCGUUGCUUACUCGCCCCAGCGCGAAACGCUCUAUCUCGGGACACAGACGCAAGACAUACAAUGGAUCAGCUUGAAGGACCCCUCGAGGAAGGUACCCCACGACUCUGCGAACCACCCAGACAAGCGACAACACCGCUUCUUCGACUCGCGCGCUAUCGGGGGGACGUCUACGCCUAGGCGCAUGGAAGAACACUACAAUCUCAUACCGAAGGCCACAACGGUGCUGGAGAUUGACUCGGGGGCGAUUCGACAAUAUGCGCACUACGGCUGGGUGUUCUGCAUGCUGAUAGCAAAGGGGCCUACCGUGCUUGGUGACCCAGAAGAGGAGGUACUGGUUACCGGGGGCGGAGACGGCACAAUCAAGCUGUGGAGGUUGUCCGACGAUGGUCCAGACCACGACGACGGUGUGUUGGGGGAUAUUGAGGAGCUGAUGACCCUGGGCGAUGACGAUAGCCAGUCUAUCAUGUCCAUGGCCGUGGACGGGUCUUUUCUCUACGCCGGCAAGCUGCAGGGCAUCAUCGAACUGUGGGACCUCGACACGAAGCAGAAGCUGCGGGUCAUCAAAGCUCACAAUGGGAAUGUCAACACUCUUAGGAUGAGUUUCGGCCUCUUAUGGAGUGGGGCUACAGGAGGGUCAGCUUCGAAACACAGCACGGUUCAUUACGGCAGAGACAAGAACGGGCUGCCGCAGAAUGUCAGCCAGAAGUACCAAUGCCUUAGUCGGUGGAAGGCCCAUGACGCCAAGAUCCUGUCUUCAGCGGUGGCAAAUCAUCAAAACGACCAGCUAUUCAUCACUGGGGCCAACGACAACACGGUCCGCGUCUGGCGUGUUAACGGCAUGCCGACACAGGCCGAGCAGGAGAUCGAUGGAUCCGAGAACAUGAUGAUCACAUCACUUCGCGAGUUUGUUUCGUUCAAAACCAUUUCUUCUCGCCCCGAGUUCACCGAGGAUUGUCGCAAGGGGGCCACCUACCUCGCCUCUCUCUUCAAGCGACUGGGCGCCGAGGUAGAGAUGCUGAGCACCGGCGGGCUGCACAACCCCAUCGUCUGCGCCAAGUUCAGCGGCAAGCUCGAGCCAUCGGAGAAGAGAAAGCGGAUCCUGUUUUACGGCCACUACGACGUCGUCCCGGCGGAUAUGAAGGGGGACAACUGGCAGACCGACCCCUUCAAACUGGAGGGCCGUGACGGGUACCUCUACGGCCGCGGCGUCAGUGAUAACAAGGGACCAAUCAUCGCCGCCAUCUACGCAGUCUCGGACCUCCUCCAAGCCAAGGUCCUCGACUCGGACAUCAUCUUCGUCAUCGAAGGCGAAGAAGAGUCCGGCUCGCGCGGCUUCGAAGACACGAUCCAGGCACACAAAGACCUGAUCGGCCACAUCGACUACGUGCUCCUGGCCAACAGCUACUGGCUGGACGACGAAGUGCCCUGUCUCACCUACGGCCUGCGCGGCGUUCUCCACGCGACAGUUUGCGUAGACUCCAAGCACCCAGACCUCCACUCGGGCGUCGACGGCAGUAACCUCCUCUCCGAACCGCUAACCGACCUGACCCUCCUCCUCGGCAAACUCAAAGACUCCAAGAACCACGUCAAAAUCCCCGGCUUCUACGACGGCAUCCUCCCACUGACCAGCGAGGAAGACCAGCGGUACGACGACAUCGCGGGCAUUCUCAUGCGCGGCAACCCGUCGCGCGGGCCGGUCGAGGCGCUCAAGCGCAGCCUGAUGGCGCGCUGGCGCGAGCCCAACCUGACCAUCCACCGCUACAACGUGUCGGGCCCCGACGGCAGCCUGAUCAGCAGCCACGCGACGGCCAACGUCAGCGUGCGCCUGGUGCCGGGGCAGGAGGUCGAGGACGUCAUCGACGCCCUGCGGGGCUACCUGCGCGACCAGUACGCCACCUUUGCUAGCGACAACACCCUGACUAUCCGCAUCGACAACAAGGCUGAGCCGUGGCUCGGUGUGCCGGGGAACUAUAUCUUUCGCACGCUUGAGGAGGCUGUCAUGCGCGCUUGGGGUGGGGUUACUGGUGCUGAGGGGGUUGCCGUGGCGCUGCCGCCGAAUGCCACGGAUGGGGAGGACAAGCCCAAGGCACGGAAACCGUUGUAUAUCCGUGAGGGAGGGUCUAUUCCGCCGAUUAGGUACCUGGAGAAGGAGUUCAAUGCGCCGGCGGCCCAUUUGCCGUGCGGACAGGCAAGCGAUGCCGCGCAUUUGGAUAAUGAGCGGCUGAGGGUUAUGAAUCUGAUGAAGAGCAGGGAGAUUUUCAGUACGGUGUUUAGGAAGCUGUGACGGGGGUCGGUGGGUAUCGGGUGGUUUGGUUUACGGGUUCGCAUUGCGUCUAGCGGGGAGAGGUAGUUAUAGAACGUGAUACCCCUGGUCUCUAGCCCCCCAUUCUCGUGACAGCGGCCACUCUCGGUGCCGAGGGACAUCCUCUGCUUG